CAGAAUUGUGUUUCGGGCUGAGGGAAGUGACUGGAUACGCAUAACUUGAAAUUAUAAGUGUGCUUCUAAAUGUGCACUGACUGAUUGUUUCAUACGGGAUCAGAAUUGCUAGGCCAAUGGGGCUGAAUCUGUUGGAAAGCCCUUCGUUGCCAAACUCAACAAUAUCAAUGACCACAGACGUCGAAACCGUCGAUGACGCCGACGAUCAGGGUUGGUCUGUAAGCGGGAUCGACAACAGCGCCGUGGUCCGCACGGUCUACGGAGUAAUCGGUUUCAGCGGAAUGGCUGGAAAUGCGCUCGUCUGCUUCGUUCUCAUACGCGUUCCUUCGCUUCGUACACGCACGAGCCAGUUCAUCAUCAACCUCGCCAUUGCCGAUUUUCUCACCUCAUUUUGGCUAAUACCCUUUCACAUGUUUCCACGUGCACCACCCUUAUCGAAGGGACUGUCAGGCGAAUUAAUGUGUCGCCUUUACAUCUCGAAAUACAUCCUGUGGGUGUCGGCUGUCAUGUCCAUUUAUUUCUUAGUGGCCGUGACUUUGGAACGCUACGUUGCCGUGGUGCAUCCAUUGAAGUAUAAGCGGGUUUUCACAACAAAGUUCACCUUGCUCGUUUCCGCAUGUUGCUGGUUGAUCGGCAUCCUGUCGCCAAUAUUUUUCUUCUUCAUCUACGAUGUUCGCGAUGGAGUCUGUGUCUUCUUGCCCUACCCAAGCCGGGCUCACCAAAUGGUUGUUGGGGUGUUUAUUUUCACUGUAAUCUACGGCAUACCCAUCGUUAUCCUUCUGGUGUGGCAUGGUAAGAUCAUCAGAUCUCUGAAACGUCAAGCCAAUACCCUGGCCGCCAACAUCGCAGAACAUGGACCAAUUGAGCGAGCUCAGAGAAAUAAUAACAUUGUCAGACGGAAUGAGAGUAACGGUACAUCCGUAGGGGUCAAUAUCGUCAACAACAACAACCGGUGGCAUCUUAAGGUAGCCAACGACAUGCAGAAGACUUUCUUCGUCGUCAUCAUGGUCUUCAUGGUCUGCUGGGCACCUAACCAAUUCCUCUUUCUCUCCUACUCUCUUGGCGCACCUGUCGACUUCACCAAGACCUACUACCACUUCUCCGUCAUCUUAGCGGUUUGCAACUCUUGCGUCAAUCCCUUUAUAUACGUCUUCAAGAACAAGCUGUUCCGGCGUGGUAUCUUUAAGGCUUUUCGUUGCGGUAAUAGUGAGUCGACCGAGGCGUCAUUCAGACAGUCGGAGAACAGCGUACAGCCACUGUCCAUUUCCGUUAGGCAGCAGAAAAGAUCUGAUCAGCAUACAACAGUAUCUGUAACCUGAUAAUGUGCCUUUUAGCCUGGUGCAUACGAGGCGUUAUUUCCAUUGACUUAAUUACAAAACUGAGACUAUCACCAAAUUUGCAAUUUUUACCCUGAUGAGACACGUGAUGCCAUAGCAACAGGGAGCUUUUGCUAUGACAGCACUUGUCAUUUUUUAUUGUUUUUAUCCCUCUAUCGUGUUUUUC